AUGCCAGAAGAAUACACUCGGGGCCGCUCUCGUGGCCGUUUGCCAUCCUCGGAAUUUGAUCGGGCCCCAUCCUUGCAGCGUUCUUUGUCCCCUCGCUCAGAAUCGAGAUUCAACACCACACCCCGGAGGCGUUCUGUGGAGCGUGGUGCUGUUCGCCGCAAUGGUCACCGUUCCAGAAGCUGGUCGCGGUCACCGUCGCACAACAGAGCGCUAUCCCGUAGUCGAAGCCGAAGUCGAAGCCGAAGCCGAAGCCGAAGCGAAGCUCCCAGACGUUACAGAAAGAAAGACUUCAGUCGGACCCCGAGUCCCUCUGCCGAUGCUUCAAGAAGCUCAAAGAUAGUUAUUGAAAAGUUGACCAAGAAUGUUACCGAAUCACAUCUUCGGGAGAUAUUUGGUGGUUUUGGUGACAUACAAAGUCUUGAUCUUCCCAUGAAUAAAGCUUUCAUGACAAACAGGGGCACUGCAUACAUACUCUACCACGAUCCUGCGGAUGCAGAGGCAGCCAUCGCGCAUAUGCAUGAAGCUCAGCUAGAUGGUGCCAUUUUGAAUGUGUCGAUUGUUCUUCCUAGGAGAGCUUUUUCUCGCUCACCACCACCAGUUCAACAUAGCAGAGCAAGCUUUGGCCGCCCAGGACAUGGCCGCGGACCCCCGUCGGAUAGUCGCGCUCCAAGGUCACCGCCACCGGCUAGGAAAUAUCGCCGUUCUCGGCAUAUGGAAAGACAUGACAUCUAUAGGCCUCGCUCUCUGUCGCGCUCCAGGUCGCCACGCCGCUCUCGAUCCCUUUCUUCCAAAUCCCGUUCAACUUCACCACCGCCAAGGCGGACACACUCGCGUAUGGACAGCUCCCAACGUCGCCGUCGCCGUAGCCCGAGCUACAGCAGCUAUGGCUAUAGCAGUCGCAGCGAUAGGGAACGGAGCGCGAGCCUAAGAAGAGACCAUCAUUAA